CCUCCUCACUCCUCCACUCGGCUCCCUCCUUCACAGAGAAGCUCUGGGCUCAGACCUCUCUCCUCCCUCACUGAGCUCCAUCUCCCUGCUCAGAACCCGAAGCUGCAGCUGAUCCUCGUCUCUCACGUCUCCUCGGCUCUUUCCUUUCUGACUUCUCUGCGUCGCCAGCAGACUUCUGUCGGACUUAAGUGGUUUCCAGAGCGGCCGUCCCUGAGGAGCACCGAGCCUGAGAAGAAGAGCUCCUCACUCACCGGGUGUGGAGGGUGGAGGUCACACAGACUCUCAGGGCCAGGCCGACAGGUAGAAAGGUCGAGACCAACUUUAAAAAUUGCCUACCAACUUCCUCCUCUCCUCCCCUGGACCACGAUGGGUUCAGACCUACGUGACCUGAACUCCCUGCUGCCCCCCCUCCCGGCGGGCCCCAGCCCCGGGUGCCCGGCCCUGCCCGUCAGCACGGCCCCGCAGUGGGCUCCCGUCCUGGACUUCCACACCGCCGCCUCCCCGUACUCCUCCCUGGCGGCCCCCCACACCCCCCUGGGGUCCCACUCCUUCAUCAAGCAGGAGCCCACCUGGGGGACCACAGUGGACCCCCACCACCACGAGGCCGACCCCCACUGCGGCCUCAGCGCCUUCACCGUCCACUUCUCGGGCCAGUUCACCGGCACCGGGGCCUGCAGGUACGGCUCGGCGUUCGGGGCCCCCCCUCCCCCGCCGACCUCCAGCCAACCGCCGCCUGUGACGGCGCCGCACCACCACCAGCCCCCCGGCAGGAUGUUCAGCAACCCGCCAUACCUGACCAACUGCAUGGACACGCAGCAGGCGGCCCGCAACCAGACAGGUUACGGCGCAGUCGCAUUCGAUGGAGCCGGGAAUUACGGCCACACUCCAACGCACCACAGCUCCCAGUUCUCCAACCACACCUUCAAGCACGAGGACGCUUUAACCCAGCAGAACCCGAUGGGUGAGCAGCAGUAUCCUGUACCUCCUCCUGUUUAUGGAUGCCACACACCGUCAGACAGCUGUACAGGGAGCCAGGCUCUGCUGCUGAGGAACCCUUACAACAGCCACGCAGCAGGAUACGACAGUGACCCCAACAGCCCCAUGGUGUACAGCUGCAGCACGCAGUACCGCAUACACACACACGGAGUCUUCAGGGGAAUCCAGGACGUGAGGCGGGUGCCCAGCAUCGCUCCGGCCAUCGUGCGGUCGGAGGCCAGCGAGAAGCGUCCGUUCAUGUGCGCCUACCCAGGAUGCAACAAGCGCUACUUCAAGCUGUCCCACCUGCAGAUGCACAGUCGUAAACACACAGGGGAGAAACCGUACCAGUGUGAGUUCACAGACUGCGGCCGCAGGUUCUCCCGCUCCGACCAGCUGAAACGACACCAGAGGAGACACACAGGAGUUAAACCCUUCCAAUGCGAGACGUGUCAGAGAAAGUUCUCUCGGUCUGACCACCUUAAGACACACACCCGGACUCAUACAGGUAAAACAAGCGAGAAGCCAUUUAACUGCCGGUGGCCGAACUGUCAGAAGAAGUUUGCCCGGAGCGACGAGCUGGUGCGACACCACAACAUGCACCAGAGGAACCUCAGCAAGCUGCAGCUCACCAUCUGAACCCGAGUCCGGCCCACGUGCCCCUGAUGCUCUACACGGAAACAUCUGGGUCACCCCGCCCCCCCUGUGCACCUGCCUGUGUGAAGUCCAGCUGGGUCCUAAUUUAGAGAACAAUAGUUCGGUCUCAAAGUCGUGAAAGAUUCUCACAGACGUUGAAAACCGUUUCUCCUGGAAAAACUUUGUCCCUCGUUCGACUGAAUGAGAAGAAGACGACUUUGAGGAGAAUUCAUGAUCUUCUGCCUCCUACAUAAUAAAAUUGUUCUCAACUUCAAGUGUUUUUACAUCUGAUAAACCUUCAGAUUUACUUGCUGUUUCGUGAGGAUGUAAAUUAUACAAACAAACAAACAUUUACUUCACGUGUCGACCUGCGUCUCAGGUUCAAAUCUCCACAGACUUUAUCUCGGUUUUGGACUUUUCAUCAGAGUUCAUUCCAGCGUCUGGAUUUUAAUUCUCAUUCCCUGAAGUCAGUGAGCACAUGAGCUCCUCCAGGUUUUUACAAACAGGAUUCACAGCUGAGAUUUCUUUAUACCAAUAUUUUGUAAAUAAACACAGGCACACACA